UCUUUCAGUGCGCACGGAUCCAUAACAACACCGGCCAGCUAUUCAAAUGCGCCUGCAUCGAGAAAAGCACGGAGAGAAGCACGGCACCGGAGCAGGAAAAGAGAGGCUUUUUACGGGACGGAUAAUUUGUGAUUGGAAACGGAGACGGCAUGCAGCGGCUAAGGAUGUUUACCUCGGUCAGGAUUUGGGACUCUGGCAGCUCUGGAGAAAAGCUGGAAGCCGGAGGAGCCGGAGGAGGAGGACGAGGGAGAGGGUGGGACGGGAAAAACACACACUGAGGAGACGCGCGGAUCCUCUGGUUUUUGCAACUCGUAUGUUGGAGUAAAAGAGUUUAUGUACAGUGAUGCUCAAGCUCUGUGCGCUGCUGUAUGGGAGUGAGCUGGGAGGCUGUUAAAGAUGCAUGACAGAAAAGGAUCCUGCGGUAAAGUCGGGGACUACAGUGUGAGUGUGCGUGUGUGCGUUGUUCGUGCGUGUGUGUGCGCGCGCGUGUUUUUUUUUUAUGUGUGGCGCGGAAGAGGAAGAGGAGUUUAAAUGCAGACAUUUUGCACCCUGGAUGGCACCCUGUUGAGAAGAGACGUGGACAAAAGAGUGUCGUCCAAGUCUGACUUACAGCAUCAGACUAUUUCUCUGCACGCUGAUGCAUCUGCACACGUAUUUACAGCAGCUCCGACACACUUCAACCUGUGAUAUCUGCAUAAUGGCAUCAGUUUAUGGCCAAAUAGGUUGUCUGGAGGAGAGAUUCGGCUUCAUUAAAUCAGUUAUAAUGAUGCAGUGCCAAGCCCGCAGUGGGCAAUAUUACAACGAAUAACUGAUUGAUUUUCUGCAUAAUGCAGACCUGUGUAUCUGUUGUGGUAUUUUAAAUGCGGGCUUAGUUUACUUACAGCUGCCUUCAAACUAAGACAUAAGUAUUAACAUUAACUAUUGCUGAUUAUAGCUGAUUAAUAAAGUAGGUUACAUGAUCAACAAGCCUAAAGCUGUCCAUACGCUUUAGACUUAGAUUUAGCUGUUUUGUAAAAUAAAAAUAAACUCAUUGUAAAUGCAUGUAUCUGAAACAGUAACGUUUCUCUUGAGGGAUGAGCAUGUGGCUGAUUUGGACGCAAAGACAACGGUCUUGAUUAUGUAGGAAAACAUGUUAUCAAGUCUCUUAUUAGAAACCAGCCCCACCCUCUUGUUGUUAUCUGAUGGGGAAAAUGUUAAUAUAAUUUGACACAAUGCUAAAAAAAAAAUAAAUAAAUCCCUAAUCAUCAAGCCCAAAAUUCAAGAGGUUAGUCCUGUCUAAAUGAGGAAAUAUUCAUACUUGGAGGUAUUUGCAUUGUAGUUUAUAUUAAAAGAAAUACGUACAUCUCAGAGAAAACUGUGGGAUUUGUUCUUUCGUCAGUUACCACAGUAGUGAUUGUAACCAGCCUAAUUAUCCUUGAAAAUUCACAUAAUGUCAGAUAUUCUUUUAUGGGCAAGUUACUAUUACAGUCAUCUAAAAGUAUGAAACAAUGUUUUGCUAAAACGAUCCCAAAAAAAAGCAGAAGAAAUUAGGGCGCCAAAAAAUAUAGCAUCAAACUCCAUUUUAUGCAAUCUCACCAGAAUUUUCCCCAAACUGAUUAUUGACGUCCAUGAAGCCACAGUCUGUUUGAGUAAGAAGUCAUUUGGAUUUGAAGUGCACAUUUAGAGCAUUAGGGCUGGUCUGGCUAUCGUUGACACGGUUUUGUUGUCAUAAUUGGAGUCUCACCAAAGUUACAGGGAGUAAUUGGGCGGCAUAUGGACACCUUAAUGUAAAGUGAUGCCUUAUUAAUUUCACAUGAGUGCACGAAUCAGAGCAAGUGACGCGGAAUAACACAAGGGAAGAGGCAGUUGAUUUACCCCUGAGCAAGGCAGCAGGUCCGGCAUCUGCUGCUCGGCCAUGAUGGCAUUUUUAUUAAUUAGGGGGAAAUUUUGAAAAAAUAAGUAAAUUCCUUAAUCAAUGGGGAGAAGUCGUUUCAUUGUUAUGGCUCUGAGGUUUGUUCGUUCCUGUUUGGUCACAUUAUUUACAUGUUUUGACUUCGACAACUUCCCAGUUCGUCUUAAAUGCUCUAAUACGCUUAAAACUGUAGAAGCUUAAUGAGAAGAUGAUCUCUCUUUAGCUCUAAGUGUCAUCUUGGCUUGUCGCCUGCGAACUGGUUGUCAGUGAGGUCGAAAUGGUCAUUUUGUAUCGGUUAUUUCAUGUUGCUUAUUUUUUACUUGCUUUUUCAGCAACAGAAUAAAGUAAAACACAUUAAAACAACGCCAUCUGUACUGCUUAAAUACUAUUUUAAUUUGUAUAAGUAGACGUGUUUUCCUUUAAGAAAUAAUUCGGUUGCUUAUUUAAUAAUCGCCUUAUCUGAAUAAAAAAAUAAUUUCUAGGACAUAUAUAUAUAUACGCCCAAAAUGCCACACAUAAAGUACAUAUAAUAAAGGUAUAUUUUUAGAUUUGUUUAUUCUAACAAAUCAAAGGCCUUAGCCUGAGUUCCUCCAGGAAUUAUAAUUUUAUUCAGUAUUGAUUGGCGCGGUGUGGUGUGUUUUCAAGGCCUAUACUUCAAAUAUGCUGUAAAGGCCAGCCACAAACACUGCAAUGCACAUUUUUUAGAAAAUAGCGCGGAGAGGAAUAAUUUCACGUCUUCUCAAAUAUUUUAACGUUUAACAUAUCUAUAUUUUCCACUAACAUUCUUGAUGUUUAGGAGGAUUUGAGGAAAAACCAUGGAGUAGAUUUGCAGAGCAACAAUAUUUAUGGAAGUCGAGACUUAAAAGGUGAACCAAUAAAUUAGUUUAUGGGUUCAAAAGGAUAAAACAUGAGCAAUGUGAUUUAUUUUCAAAAGGCUAAUUCAGUUUCCCCAUGUAGGCUACGGAUCCAUCUGCCAUAAAUAACCAUAUGCCAAAGUCAAGUAGCCUCAUUUAUAAAAGUUUAGUUUCACCAGAUGCCAUUUAGCAAAAGGCUUAUUCCUAAACAAGCUGUAAUUGUCAUUUUGAACAUCUAUAACGCUUGCAAUGCUGUGUCACUUUGCAGAGCUGCCGAAAUAUUGAUCCACGGUCUUCUCUGCGAGGCAUCAUUUUGUUUCUGCUCGGAUAUGCUGCUGUGGGUUUCACGGGAACGAUGCCCCUGAUUAAUACUCAGUGUGAACCCUGUAAGUAAUUGACACGGUGCCUUCAGGUGCCCAUUGUCUGGCCUCACUUUGCUCUGGUACAGACUUUUUUUAUAUAUUGGAAACGAAAGAAUAUAUAUUUUCCAAACUCGUCUGCAUAUCCACAUCCGCGCAUGUAUGGAUCUGCGAGGCACUACUUGUUGGUCUGUGCCUCUGUUUCCUUGGUACUAAUUGAAUUGAAUCCCGCUGGAAAUGUAUCCUCUUUCAGAAGUGCUCAGAAAACUGUGUCCCUUAUAUUCUCUGCAAAGCAAAUGUCAGCGGCUCGAAGGGCCAGGCCUAUCUCGGCACAAUGGCCAUAGAGAGCCCACACACAUAAACACACAGCUCGGGCCGUGCAGACAUGCAGGAGCUUAUCGAUCCGUAUGAGAAUGUGUAGAUGAGGUUUGCUGCCAUGUAAGGCCAAACCGUGGCCUUUCAUACUCCUCUGUCUUUCUACAUCUCGUUUGUGUCUGUCUGUGCAGCAAAACAAAAACAAAAUGUAAAUAUAAAAGUUAUAUUAUCAGAAAGGGAGUUAUUUAAUUUAAUAGAAUAAGGCAGAACUCUAAAUAGUCUAUGUUAGAAGAUUUAAAACAUUCGGAUUUAAUUCUAAUGAAAUGAAAGUGUAGGUACCUCAAUAUGAAGCAUGCUAGACUUAUUUUAAAAUUAAUAAGUAUAUUCACAGUGUUUCUGUGUCCCUGAUGUCAGCCCUGUUCGCCUGCCUCUAAAGUCUAUUAUGUCCACAGGACUACACGGUUGGACAGCCACACUUGGAGGAAUUAGUGUCCUUUUGUCUCGACACACGUCACACACACGCCGUUGACAUUGACUUCACAUCAGAGACAGUUUAACUUCUUUCUCUCUCUUUUUUUUCUUUUCUUUUAUUUAACUCGUUCAACCGAGCGCUGGGUCUAUUGUGGGGACCCUGACAGAUGCGGGGCCCCUAGCAAGUCCUGGACAGGGAAAAGUCUGAAAGGUUAAUCUGUCCCCCCGCAGAUGUUGGCUUUGGGAGUCUUGAAGCGUCACCUUUGACAUGUCCCUCAUUCAGCAGGGGGUCCAGCAGGACACUGACCGCUGCAAGCUGUCGCCUCGGCCGGCUGAGGACGCCCUGCGCUACCGCUCUAUCAGGCUAAACGGCCCCUGACGUGUGAGCUGGGGCCAGCUUUUAUCCGGCUGCAGGUUUCGGGAGUUUGACAUGCGGUAUAAUGCACUACAACAACACGGGGAUACCAGUCAUGUUAUGUGUCACCAUGUCAUUUCCUCCACGGCCUUGGAUUUUAUAGAGAAGCUGUGAAUGUGUCUGUGAGUGUAUGUGUGAAUCUGUAUUGUUUGGAAGUUUCUGCCGACAAAAAUAAAUGUUCUCUUAUUUGAAUAAAUAACAUGUUGGCGUUUUAUUUGUAAUGUCACUGUGUAAAGGCCAAUUUUUAUACUUAAAUGAUUCUCAUACUUGAGGAUUAAAUGUGCAUGUGUCCAUUUCCAAAUAGGACAAGCACACACACACACACACACACACACUCAUACACACUGCUGGGCUUGGUUCGUUAAGCCUAAUGGUUGAACAAUAGACACAUCUGCUCAUCUUUUUCUAUCAAAAGAGAAGGUACUACAGUCUUCUUCGUUUGGUUAAACCGCCACAUAUUUGGCAGGGGUGGGCUGGUGCAGCUGAAGUAGCCUAAUAAUGAAAGAAUGGAUCAUAUGUGGUGUACAUGAAUAACCCAGGAUAUAACUUUGGUGGCAGCCCUUUAGCUGCUAAUUAAACCAUCAUGCUUUGCUGCAACUUCUGAAGCCUAUUUUUGUGUUUUCUUGAGAAGAAUUAACCUAAGUGUGUUUUCAAUGGAGGUUUGGAGGUUUUGAAUCCCAGACUAGUUAAAAAUCAACUCCAAAUGAACCCGGAAGUUUACUUCAUUUGCACUUAAUAAUUUAAGGAGGACUGAAGAUAAAGCGUCAUUAUAGCCCUAAUGAAUUUAACAUUUUCUAAAUAACAAUUGGCAAUCAAACAUUAGGCACUGUAUCCAGUCCAUUUCCACGGGUCGAUUAGAGAUCCGUCUAUUUGCAUUUUUAACAUUUCAGUAAAGGCUAAAGGCUGCUGAAUAUGGCUUGUCGGGUAGAAUAGCUUUUAGCAGGUGGUUUGAUACCUCCCUUCCUUAAUAAGGUAGCUGACGUCAGAGCAAUGGGGCGGUGUGUGUGCGCGCGUGUGUUUGAGAGAGAGAGAGAGAGAGAGAAUGGGAGGAGAUGGGUGUUCACAGUGCGCAUGUGUAGACAGUGAUCUGUGCUGCGGUGGAAGAGGGGCUGGGAGACACACAACCAGAGAGAUGGCGCGACACCCGACCGGAGCGCAAGGACAGCUGGUUGGCGGUGGGGGGGCUUGAAUCAUAAAGAGAAUCAGAAAAUUAAAAAAACAAAAAAACAAAAAUCACGAAAAAAAUAAAAGGAUUCGGAAAAGGAGUUUCCAUUCUACAAAACAGCGUCAGAGGUAGGAGGAAAAUCUAAUAGGUGAAUAUAAGGACAGAGAAGAGGCAAUAGCAAAGGAGGCUGCUGCAAGGAGGCAAAAAGCAACAAAAGAAAUUUGAACUUUACUGGACGUGAGGACUUCUGGACACCAGCUAACUGCGGAAGGUCAGAUAGAUGGUUUGUCCACAGCGCUGCCCGGAUCAUGAACGCACAGCUGUCGAUGGAGAAUAUUGGCGACCUGCACGGAGUGAGCCAUGAGUCCGUGGCCGGUCACGGAGAGCUGCUGAGUGGCCACAGUCCACAUUCCCGUCCUCGGGGUCUGAGCCACCGCGCUAUGGGCAUGGCGACCCUGCUGGACAGCGGAGACUAUCACCCCAGCCACCCCGGACACCUGCAUCCAGCCAUCAGCAUGUGUGAAGCCCCCCCUGGCAUGAGUGCGAGCAGCACUUACACCACCCUAACCCCCCUGCAGCCCUUACCCCUCUCCACCGUGUCCGACAAGUUUCCUCCCCAUCAUCACCACCACCACCACCAUCCCCAUCAUCCUCACCCUCAUCCACACCAGAGGAUCCCCGGAAAUGUCACCGGCAGCUUCACGUUGAUGCGAGAGGACCGGAGUCUGGCACCUAUGAACAGUCUGUAUCCCGCAUAUCAUCACAAGGAUCCCUGCAUGGGCCAGAGCCUCUCCCCGUUGUCUGGUUCCGGUCUGGCCAGCAUACACACGACCCAGGCCGGCAUCCCUCCUUACGCUCAUCCCGGUGCCGCCAUGCCUGGUGAGAAGAUGCUCACCCCAAGCGGGUUUGAGGCUCACCACCCGGCCAUGCUCGGCAGACACACGGAGCAGCACAUGAGCUCCUCAGCGGGCAUGGUACAAAUCAACGGCCUCCACCACCACCCGCACGCCCACAUUGGCGCGCAGGGGCACGGCCAGGGCCUGGGGAACAGCCGGGAGCAGGCCUCCGGGCCCGGGCAGCAAGGGGGCGGCGGUGGAGGGGGUGGUGUUUCUGGGGGCCAGAUGGAGGAGGUGAAUACCAAAGAGGUGGCGCAGAGGAUCACCACGGAGCUGAAGCGCUACAGCAUCCCUCAGGCCAUCUUUGCCCAGCGGGUCCUGUGCAGGUCCCAGGGGACCCUGUCCGACCUGCUGAGAAACCCCAAACCCUGGUCCAAGCUCAAGUCCGGUAGAGAGACCUUCCGCCGCAUGUGGAAAUGGCUGCAGGAGCCUGAGUUCCAACGCAUGAGUGCGCUCAGGCUCGCAGCAUGUAAGCGUAAGGAACAGGACCACGGCAGAAGCGAGCGGGGGAACAUGACCAAGAAGCCCCGGCUGGUGUUCACAGAUGUGCAGCGGCGGACGCUCCACGCCAUCUUCAAGGAGAACAAGCGUCCAUCCAAAGAGCUGCAGAUCACCAUCGCCCAGCAGCUGGGCCUCGAGCUGGCCACGGUCAGCAACUUCUUUAUGAACGCACGCCGCCGGAGCCUAGAUAAGUGGGUGGACGACGGCUCCGGUCACUCAGUCAACUCUGGCCCCAACGCCUGCACCAAAGCCUGAAGACGGACUGAUUUGACCAACUCAUGGACUGACUCAACCUCGGUGGAAAAGCUUUAAAACUUAAGAGAAACAAAGAGAAACUUAAAAAGACCUUGAAGCAACGUUUUGCCCUUAAACCUGUACUAUAUUGAUAUUUAUAGUAUCCAAAGAUGAAAAAACAAACCAAAGACUUCUUGUUUGACCUGCUUUAAAAUGUUUGUUUCAGCAACACGUUUAUGUGUAAUAUACUGCAAAAAGACUAUAGUUUUACCCCCCUCUCACACACACACUCACUGUCACUGGUCUAUAGCUUUACUACACCCCCCGCACCUCCCCACCCAGUAUCAAUCUAUCAUUCGCCAUCCUUAUCUUUAAUCUGAUUGGUUGGUUUUAAUGAUGGGUCCCUAAAUGGAGGUUUAAUCAGCCUAUUUGCAGUCUGAUCUGCAGCUGUCCACAGCCUUGAAAAACAGCCAGAAUGUGGAGCUCCGGUGGGAUUGGCCAAUCAACUUUAAAGACAAAAAAAAAAUCCUACAGGAGUUGUGCAACCUUGUUUGGAUCUGUGGCGGUGGACUGUCUGUCUAUCUGUCUGUCUGUCCAGCUGUCUGUCUUUCUAUCAAGCAUUCCAGACAGAUGGGGAAAUGCCCAUGCGUAGACUGCUAACCCUAAACCAAACCAAAAAACCCCUAACCUCAACCCACAUGGUAGUGCUUUCUUCCAACAUGCUGAAGCGUUGAAUAAUUUAAACAAGAAAAACCAAAGCCUUCUACACCCUGAAGCCUCUCAUACAGCUUAGAAAUACAAACAACUUAAGAACCUGCUAUCAAGUAAUUUGACCAAAGAGUAUAUUUUGUAGUUGAUAAUCUUAAGAGUAUUUUUACCUCAUUUCCUCCCUUACCUCCUGAGACAGACUGUUAGUUAGGCGCAAAAAAGAAGAGAAUGACUGCUUAUGGUUCAUACAACAUUUUGAGUCCUACUUAAAUUUAAGUUCCCUGAAAACGGAAAUAUUAUAUGACACAACCCUGAAAAUUAACUAUUGACAUUUGCCUUAUAGAUGCCUUCUUGAAUCAAACUUAAUAUUCCAGUGAUAUCUUCACACACAGUCUAGUGAAUGUUCCUGUAAAAGCUCAUUGUGAAGAUUAAUCAUUAUAGAUAUAUCCUUUCAUGUAAGUCUGUUUAGCUAAUGCCUACAGAUUUUGCUCAAGUUGUUCAAAUACCAGCAGCUGGCAAACAAAGAUUAAUCCAUUUAGUAGUGUUUUCUCUGCAAAGAUGAAAACAGAAGAUGCUGGCUCUGAUGCUGUAAGUGCGUUCUUGACACUGUGAAGGAGAUAGACGGCCUCUGAUGGUUUUUUUUUUUUUAGGACAAACUGUGUCACUACUCUAAUAAUAAGCAUUCAGCGUCCCCGUGUGCUUCAUAUGUAUUUGAUUUUAUCUCCUCAUCAAAGAUGUUGGGUGGAGGGGAUGAUAUCAAUGAUCAAAUCACUUGCAGGCGCUUACACAGCAAUGUCAGCUCGUCACCUGAAUACGAAAGCACCCCACCCUGCCUGUUGCCAAUCCCUACCCUCCCGCCCAUCCUUCCUCCGCUCUCCUGGUAAGCUAUGCAUUUCAGCACUAGGAGGAAAGCACUACACAGGGCAGCGUAUCAUUAAAUAUAUUGAGCUGGCCCCUUGCCGUCAUCCUCCUCAUGGCCAGGGUUAGCAGCUCUACAUUCAUCAGAACAAGCGCUGAAGGAGAGGCGAGAGAGAGCUGCUUCUUCAUCUCUGAAAGAAAAACCAAAAAAGACGACAAGAAACAAAAAAGUGUCAAGACCUGCUGAUGUUUUAUAGUGUGAACCAAAGAUGCUACCUCACUCAAGUUCCAUACGUGAUUUCUAUCACUUUGAUGAUACCAAAGAUAACCAAAGAUUUUUUCUCAUUGCACGGCCUCUAUGAGUGGUGUUAAAAGAUGUUGUAUGUCUCCCCCUCCCCCAUCUCCUUUCUUUCUCUGCCCCUCUCUUCCGUUCUUCCCCCUUUCUCCCCUCCCACCUGCACUCUACCCAUGCACCCCUACUACGCGUGCUCUUGCUUCAUCUGUGCUCUGAUUACAGCUCCAUAGAUAGUCAUGCUGAUGUAGCUAUAGGCAGAUAUGCUGAUCUAGCCAUAGAUACACACAAGCGGCCACGCAGGUGCCUGCAGGGUACAGCGCACUUGCUAGCAAUGUGAUCAGUCUUUCUCUGUGCUUGUUAGCAGUACCAAAGUAUUCAUUUCUCCCACUUUAUUGGCAGAAAAGACAGAUUAAAAUGGAAAAGCUGACAUUGUGGCAAUAUAAAAAAUUAAAGUUUUAGUUUGGUUCAUGAUUCAUUUCUAAAUAAUUUAUGUGAAUUUAAUGGAGUACCCCGCCGGAGUGUCUUUUUUUGCAGCUUUAUUUCUACUUGGCCCUGCCUCUUAGUGUGUAUCUAUAGGUUGAUGACAUUGUUCCACCAAAUAGGUCAGGCAUCUUUACAUGACAAUAGGCAGACAAGCUGACAUAGCCAUGGGCAGAAUUGUUGACUCAACUAUAGGCAGACAUGUUCCUGAAAGUAGAAGCAGACGUGUUGCAAUCUUUCUAAAACUCCCAGGACGAGUGCCUUGCUUGAACCAAAGUGUUAAACCGCUGUUGACCUCUCACCUUUGACUCUGUGAAUACCUCAGCCUGUAGAAGGGCCACUUCUGAAGAAACAAGGAAAAGGGUUUUUUUUUAAAUCACACCGUGGUGCUUUCGCCAUCGCAACCAUGCAAUGAAAACAUACCAAAGGAAUUUCUGUUGUCCACUUCUACCGAUUAAACCAAAGGUCUUUGUUUCUCCUCUCCCCUGCCCCCUUUUACCCCUCCAUCCCUCCUUCCCCCCAACCUUCCUUGUCUCUCUGCUGUGUGUAGGAAGGUCCAGCACUCUGGCCGUGCAUGUCUUUACCAAUGUCUCUGAAUACCUCAUAGUAAUAAUUCCUUUGUGUUCUGCAUUGAGACGUCUAUCUGUGAGUAAGGCAGAACUCCACUCGUGUGGUAACUGUUAUUGUUACUUCAAAAAGCUGUAUGAUUAUCUAUUUUGAAGUUGCUGGGGGGUUUUUUUGGCAGAAGUGCUCUGUUUCAAGUCACGAAAGAACAAGUUUCAGGGUAGAUGUAUGAAACUUAAGGGAUGGAGGGAGAAGCGUAUUUUUUAUCAGACAUUGGGUUAUGCCAAUACUAUGAUGGUAGACUAUUGCUUUUACAGGGUAAAACCAACUGCUGUGAUAUUGUGUUCAUAUUUUCCCUUUUCUCUACUUCUGUGUUGUGAUUUUAAUUUAAUUGCAUUUUUGUAAUGGUUGACCACUGCUUUAAUUUAUGCAUUUGUAGAAACUCUAGAUUUGUAUAUAGUAGGUUUUUGAAAAAAACAAACAAAAAAAGACAAGUUUUAUGUUACAGCCUUAUUUCCCACGCUUAGAUAUAACAAAGGAGUAGUUUGUAUUCUUCUUCAGCUAAAUCCUAGCCGGCAUUUCAAUGUGUGUUUUAAACACUGCCAGAAACCCAGACAGUUGAUUUGCCAACGCAGACAAAGUUAUACAGGAGCUACUUUGUUGAACAGCUGGCAAAAAGCAGUGCGUACGUGUGUGUGUUUUUUCUAUUCUUUUGACUUUUUAAAAACUGUUAUUUUAUGGGUAUUACUGCACAUCCAAAGAUUUUUAAAACAAACCAAAAAUUGGAAAAAAAAAUAUGUAUAAUGUUGAAAAGCACUGGCAUUUGUGAGGUAGACUUGUUGAGUUUUGAUUUGCCAUUCGCACGGGUAUAGAAUGUAGAAGGCGUAGGCUAUGUAGACAAGCUUACUCUACCAUGUGGGGAAUCUCCUGUUCAAUGUACAAUCUGAAGCAUUUGAAAUGAGGGCUGCAAGUCCCGCUCACUUUGCUGUCUCAUGCACAGAGUGAGGUGGAGUGUAGGCAGGGCAGCCGGUCUGCCAGGGGCUGUGCCACGGAGCUGGGUCUGUUUUUAUUGCCGUGGCACUGCCACCUCGCUCCAUCUAGUAUCUGUUCUUUUGGUACGUACUCGUGUAAUGACUAUGAGCAAAGUCUAAUAAAACUGCAAAGAACCUUA